AAGAAGUUCAGCAUAAGGUCACUUGACCCGGUGAGAGCAAGAAAUCGGCAGUAGCAGUGUGUUUGGGUGUGUUGUGUUGUUUUCCAGGGUGUUUGAGGUCCGGAGAAGCCAUGGCCCUACAGCAGAGUCUGGACUCUAAAGUCGUCAUUAUCGGAUGCGGGAUGUCGGGCAUCGCAGCCGCGCAGAGGCUCGUCAGCCGCGGCUUCCGUCAUGUGCGGAUCCUCGAAGCGACGGCGAGAAGCGGUGGGAGAGUAAAAACAGGCACAUUCGGUAAUAACAUUAUUGAGAUAGGGGCCAAUUGGAUCCAUGGUCCCUCUGAGGGGAACCCGGUGUUUUGCUUGGCCCGUCAAUAUGGCCUCCUGGAUCCAGCGGCCCUGACCCCAGAGAACCAGGCCAUGGACAUCGAGGGACAUCCACCCUGGGUCCCCAGCUGGUUCAGCAGCUCAGGCAGGAGGCUGAGUGCUGAGGACAUGUUUCCUGCUGUGGAGAUGUUUGCUGAAUUGCUGGAAGAGAGUGUAAAAUUUGAAAACGGAGGAGAAGCCUGGCCGAGUGUGGGAGAAUACAUACGCGCUGAGGCUCCACAGCGAGCAGCAGAGCAGUGGAAAGACGAGAGGGAGUCCGUUAGAGCGCUGCGAAUGUGUCUGAUGAGCAACUUGUUGAAGGUGGAGUGCUGCGUCAAUGGAACACACAGCAUGGAUGAUGUGGGGCUGGGGGCCUUUAGUCAGUAUAAGCAUCUGCCUGGACUGGACUGCACAUUCCCAGGAGGCUAUGAAGGCCUUAUCAAGAAGUUGCUGUUGGAGCUCCCCAGCAAUAUAGUGAGCUACAGACGGCCUGUGUGCUGCAUCCACUGGAACAGCACGGAGAAGGGAGAAAGCCCUGUGACUGUUGAGUGUGAAAACGGAGAGAAGAUCGCUGCUGACCAUGUCAUUGUCACAGUGCCGCUAGGAUACCUCAAGAAGCACCAUGCCACCCUGUUCCGCCCUCCUCUCCCGCUACACAAACUGCACUCUGUUCAGAGGAUCGGUUUUGGAACCAACAACAAAAUAUAUGCAGAGUUUGAUUCUCCUUGGUGGGACGCCGACUGUGAGGUUAUUUACCUCGUGUGGGAAGACGAGGAGAAUUUGGUAGACCAGGUCCCAGACAUACAGACAUCCUGGAUAAAGAAGCUCUUUGGGUUCACUGUGCUCAAACCCACUGAAAGGUAUGGCCAUGUCCUCUGUGGCUGGAUUGCUGGUCACGAGUCCGAGUAUAUGGAAACGCUGUCUGAACAGGAAGUCACACACGCCGUCACACAGCUUAUCCGCAGGUUCACAGGGAAUCCGACCAUCGCGCCGAGGAGAAUCCUGCGCUCCCAGUGGUUUCAUGACCCGUGGACGUGCGGCUCUUACACUUACCUGGGAGUUGGCUGUUCAGCGCAGGACCUGGACAACUUGAGGGAGCCCCUGCCCACCAAGGGGGCACAGGCUAAGCCCUUGCAGGUGUUGUUUGCCGGAGAGGCGACUCACUCACAUUACUACUCCACUGUCCAUGGAGCGCUCCUUUCUGGCUGGAGAGAAGCCGACAGGCUCAUCUCUCACUACUCCUCCCCGAGCUCAUCUCAGCCAUCGAGACCAAAGCUUUAAGAAAGAGCAAUCUACUCUUGUUAUGAGGUUCAAGGUUUCUUUGUCAGUGCCCAAGAGUAAAUUGGUUGUGCGGACUGGAGAUUCAGCAUUCCAGAGUUAAAAACAAGAUCAUAUCACACUGAGGCAGAGUCAAAAGACCUUAAAGCCAACAAAAUACAUUUAAACAAGUAUAAUCAAUGUGUCAAAAAUAGAAUCCAAGUAUGAGAACUCCUGAGAAGGCCAUGCUUCUAAACACACACACACACACACACACACACACACACACACACACACACACACACACACUCACAUUCAAAGCUAAAAGUGCCAUGCAUGGGAUGAAAGUUCAUCAUCUUGUGUUAGCUUUAUGUAGUAGUUCAAUAGCUGCGGGUAGAAAAGCAUUUCUGUACUGUUUUGUUCUCGCCAGGGUUUAAUGAAAUUUUGUUUUUCAGAGACGGGGUACCAAGCAAUGACACAAAGGAAAAAGACAAGACUGAUUCAGUAAAAGCCUCAACAAAAAAAGGUUGUUAUGGUUUUAUAAAUAUGGGAGAAGGGAUCGUUUUCUUAGAUAAAACAAACACUGAUGUGCCUUUUUACACACUGCCUCACUAUUCUUCUCAAAGAUCAGUUCAGAGAUACAUGUAGCUUUCCACACAUUAGACAACCUACUCAUUAGUGAUCGGAGUCUCAUGGAUCGAAGCAUUAAUUCUGAAAUAUGUGAUCAUACCCUUUGUCUUGGAUGCGUUUGGCUCCAAGAAAGAUUAUUUGUCAAACCAGGUGACAAACGCAUCAGUAACUGAAUCACAAUUACUAAGUCAUCUGCAAAUUUCAAUAUGGUCCUGUUCUCAUGCUUAUUUUGUUUGUGUACAGAAUAUAAAGUAAAGUUGAGAGAACACCGCCCUGGGGUUCGCUGGUAUAACAACAUCAACUCAACUCAAAAUUCUCUGUCAGCCUGAUGGUUAAAUUGUGGGGUUGGACAGUAUUAAAAGCCGAGGAAAAAAUCAAUACGUAAGCACAGGUUUUGUUCCUCUCCAGGUGCUAAAAGGCUAAGUAGGGUGUUUGUAUCCUCUGUGUCCUAUAGGCAAAUUGCAUAGGGUCGAGUGCACGCUUGGCUUCCCUCACAAGCUUUUCAGAGGUUUCCACUACAAGAGAUGUGAGGGCGACUGGCCUGAAGGCAUUAAAAGCUUCAAGGCUGCUGCCUGUAGGAACAGAGCUGAUCGGAGCCGGUCUCCUCAGGUUAGGAGAGACACGUUGAAAAUAUCAUAAGAUAAAAUGUAACGGCCUUGCACUCCAGUAAUUUGCCACUGAUACUGACAGGACCAGGGCUCUUGUUUAUCUCAGAGAAUGGAAGGAGUUUUCAGUUUCUCUCUGCUCCAGGAUGAAGUGCUCAUUGUCUUUAAGUUUACAUAAGUCCCUCAUCGUCAUCUUCAAAGUCAAACUGAUCAAAUCUCAGGUAGAAUUUAUUAAGUGUUGGGAAAUUUGUUAUCUGACCUGAAGUAGUGUUGCUUCUGUUCUUGCUUUGCUGCAUGCCUGUGAUUGUUUUCAUGCCGGGCAGGGCUGAAGCGAGGCUCCUGUCAGCCAGUUUGCUCUGUAAUGUAGUUUUAUAUUUUUUUUUUAGCCCUUCGGAUUUCCACUUUCUCUCUCUGCUCAACAUCAGGCGAACAGAGAGAUUGUAUGCUGUUUUUUUUUUUUUUUUUUUUAAUGAAAAUUGUGUUGAAUCUAUAAUGCUUUAAAGGAUUAAGUGAUGGAGGACCUACAGAUAUUUCCUGUGAAUGGAAGAAAAAAAAGGUUGAUUCCAAAGAACUGUUAAUCACACAUGUAGUAAUAAUGUUUACAUGUCAUUAAUGAUUAUGCCAUCACAUUGUUGAUGAUUCUUGUGGUUUUGGUAAUAUUGUGGCAGUUGCAAUGUCAUAUUUUGACACCGAAUAAAUUUAUUUUUCAAAAAACAUA